ACGAGAUGCUUCCCAACGGCGGCGCACUGGUUGGUUUCCCAGCCGUUCGGGUUCUCAUUGUGGGGGGGUUCUUACGGUGGUCUCGCCGCUGCAUUAAACCUUCACGAUCUGGCACGAGGCCGCGUCGCUCGAUUUGACUCUAAUCCCGAGGCCAAAGUACCCGCAUAUAAAGUCCCUAUCCAAAUGACCAUUGUAGACGAGCGCGAUGGCUACUACCAUCUUAUCGGAUCUCCCAAAUCCCUCGCCUGCGAGAAGUUCGCUGCGGAGUCAUGGACUCGGUUCCAAGACAUCCCAGCCCUGAAGUCGCCGUAUAUCAACUUUAUUCAAGGCACCGUCAGCACUAUCAACCCUGCAGAGAAGGUCGCCCAUAUUCUCGACACAGCCACCAAAGCGAACCGCAUUGAGCAGUACGACUAUCUGAUUGCGGCCUCGGGCCUGCGCCGAGUGUUCCCUACAGUGCCGCAAUCGUUGCGACGGGUCGAGUUCCUGCAAGAAGCCCAGCGGCAAUCAAAGGCUGUGACUAACGCCCGAGAAGGCAUCGCUGUCGUUGGAGGAGGGGCCGUUGGCGUGGAAAUGGCCGCCGAGUUAAAAAUCCUCCAUCCCCAGAAGAAAAUCACUCUGAUCCAUUCCCGAGACCGACUGCUGUCCUCCGAGCCACUGCCCAAUGAAUUCGCCGAGCGAGUGCUCACUGUCCUCCGCGAGGUCGGGGUCGAGACCAUCCUCGGCCAGCGCGUCAUCGACACCACCGCCGUCGACACCGAGACCGAGCAGCGCAUGUGGCGACUUACGCUGAGUGACGGCCGCCAGCUGAUAGCCGGGCAUGUCCUGAGUGCCAUAUCACAAAGCAUUCCUACCUCAACGUACCUCCCAUCCGAGGCUCUUGACGAAGACGGCUACAUCAAGAUCCGUCCAUCACUUCAAUUUGCAGGAGAUGUUCCCAACGCAGACGACCACUUCGCAGUUGGAGACAUCGCCUCCUGGACUGGUAUCAAGCGCUGCGGUGGCGCCAUGCAUAUGGGCCAGUACGCCGCGAACAACAUCCACCAGCGCAUUCUCUCCAAGCGCGACGGGAUCCACCCCGCCUACCAAGAGCUGAGCCCUUUCCCAUCUCUCAUGGGCUUAGCGCUGGGCCACAAGGCUGUCACUUAUACUCCAACCGACGGGACCAAGGAUGGCGAAGAGUUGCUGGCGCAGAUGUUCGGAGACGACAUGGCUAAGAGCAGUACGUAUACAACCCUCCGAGUCCAGAAAAGAGGAGCCACUAACUUGCAAUUCAGUAUGCUGGAAUUAUAUGCGCCUGAACGAAGCAUGCCAGACAUGAUGCAGCUUGAAUAG